CCUGGCGGGGCGGGGGAUGAGGCGCCUGUUGCUUCUUCGAAGGGGGCUGCGCACCCCAUCCGCCCGGUUUUGAGGGAGAGGGACGCCCUCGCUCUACCGUGAGAAGAGCUUGGUUCUCGCUUCUGAGAUAUGAUGUGCUCACUGAUGCCCUCCGAACGGUCUUCUGCAGCCUCUUUCCUGCAAAGCAACAGAGCCUCGUUUUCUUGGGGUUCCUUGGAUGAAGAAUUGGAUGAUUCCUUGCUGGAGCUGUCUGAUGGCGAGGAAGAUGACGGCCAUUUCAGUUACACAGAGGAAGAGAUCCAGGAGCUUUUAAAAGAUGAUGACCUGUCAAAUUCUUGGGGAGGAGGGUUGCAGAAAGAUGAUGGUGGACACGUUGAGAAAGGAGGGAGAGGGGGUGCAGUUCUCCUUGAUCCUGCCCGAGAGGAGAGCUCCCUGUGCAGCCCGGGACCAGUGCCUCGGUCCCCUGGUCUCUCUAAACUACCUCAACUACAUGCAUCAGUUGGUCUCCGGCCAACUCCUCCUAAAUCCUUAAACAGACGUUUUGCGCUAGAAAAUAAUCUCAUAAAAGUAACUGUUGUUGCACCAUUUAAUCCAACAGCUUCUGAUGCUGUGCAUGCUGAGAGCAAAGUUAAUUCCUCCAAAAUUACAGAAAACCCCUCUUCCCUCAGGGAAGAGAUGAGAGAUAGUCCCACCUCGAGUGAGAGUGGACCCUGCACUGAAUCCAAAGGGGUCAGACCCAUUAAUUCCGCCCAGGACGGGCCUCUGUUCUCUUCUUCACAUGAUAACAUUCAACAAACUGUCUCUGAUAAAAACCUGCCUCGUAGUAAGAAACCUACACCUAUAUCCCCUCAGAUCUCAGACCGUCCAGAGACUCCGACUGCGGAGUCAACCUGGCAAAAUGAAGAAUCACAAAAAUCAAGUAGUUCUGAAACGGAGUUUUCGGUUGUUUCUAAUUCACCCAACAAAGAUAUUUGUGGCAAAGAUUCUGGGAAGAUGAAAGCCAAUGAGAAAAGACUAGGCAAAGUCAUUCCUGUUCUACAAACUAAAACCAGGACAAGUGUUCCGACAUUUUCACAAUCGGAUCUAGAGCAUCAGAAGCAAAUUUAUCUCAAGAGGGUCAUUGCUCAUAUAGAAGAUCCAAUGGACUCCAGCCAAGGUGCCUUGGGAGAGCUGUACGCCUUGAUGGAUCAAGUUCAUCAUAUGCAGAACCCCAAGCGGCAGCACCCUUCAGAUCUGACCAUGCGAAACUACGCCCGGUACCGACAGAAUCCUCCACAGAAAUACAGCCUGAAUCAGUGGGUUGACUGGAAUAAGCGGAGCUACCACCGGUUCCAGCACCUCCCCGACUUAUCGUACAGUCCGUUUGUCUCAUCCCAGCAGCAGUGAGGGUCCCACGCCAGGGCCCUGGCCAGAGGAGCAGCUCCUUCUCUUCUGCUGUUUGUGCUUGUAGAUUUUGAGCUUUAUUUUUCAUAAGAUUUUAUUUAAACAACUUGUCACCUUUUGGAAAUGCCUGUUGCUGACUUGAAUUUUUUUUUUUUUGUAUGCGAUAUCUCCUAUUUUUAUGUUAUUAUAUAUGUGUGUUUAAAUAAUGUUAAAUUGAUACCUUUUGUUUUUUUAAGUUGAAAGUGGCUGCCUCCUGAAAGCCAACAUUGAGCCAAAAUGCCCAGGCUCCUGAGCACAGAAGUAAAAUGUCUCCUGGUGCCUCAGACAAGUCACCCUGCUGGUGUGAGGCACUGCUGAUUGGUGCUGACUACUUGGGGAUGGCCGUGCCACUUUUAACACCGUCUGUUACUUUUUUUUUGUUUGGAUUUCUGAAUAACUGUCAGUAUUUAAAGUUGGCAAUCCAGGACAUUUGAAGUAGAAGAAAAUUCUGUUGAAAGGGUGAAUUAAAAGUGCAGAGCCUCAUCUUUCUGUACCCCACAGCUGCGUUUAUUACUAUGUGGCUUCGUCAGUUGUUGUUAAGCUUUGUACAAUAGCAUUCCCAAAUCUCCGUGUCCUAAAAGGCUGCUGACUAACCUUAAGUUUAAUGUCACAAGGAAUACAUUGUGGUGUUGGGGCCAUCUCCACUACCCCUCGAGGAUGUUCCCCCAGUGCCCCUUGCUUAAGCUUGUCCUCUCAGUCCUCCUGCCCCCUUGCUGCAGAGCUGCCUGCCCGGGGUCUUGGCUCAGCAACAGGCAGUGCCACUGAGCUACAGCUGCUCUGCAGUGUCAGCUGCUGAACCCCAAUUCUCAUAUGAGCUAAUGGUUGAAGUUCCACGUGUGUGUGUCGGGGAGCCCCCCCUCUUGUGGGAGGUGGGAGAGUUGGGAGACAUGCUUCUUCAUCUCCAUUGUUAGCGAGAGGACAUUACCUCCUUGCAUCCGCUCAAGGCCCUGUCGCGAGGUUUCACAUGACUGCUCUGGGGGUCCGACCCACCUGACACAAGCUUUUGUACAUAAACAUAACUUGAUCUCCCCAUUUGGUGUUCUAACCAAAGGUGACAGAUUGUGUUCAUCUGACUUGGAUGGAUGUCUUAUCAGUGUGUCAUUCUUUCUUUGCAGACAGCCUAGGUGUCAUUUUGGGCAGUUUCACAUUAGAAUUGUUAGCUGCCUGGAACAGCUGCUGUAGUUGCUGUCGUCUCUGGUUUGGUUGAAUUACCUGUCCUGUCCUGGCAUUUCAGUCACCCAUCUCAGGCAGCCCUACCCCAUUACAGAAACUGAUUGGGAAAAUCUGGAUUCUUUAAGCUCCCUCUGAAUCUGGAUAGGUGUCCGUAAGCGUUUCCUCUUUUGCUUCAUUCUCUUUUCCUUGGAUAUUUGGUUUAGAUUCUGGGGCCAAAAUACAAAUUCCUAUUUGGAGGUUAAUAGUAAAAAUGUGUUAUUUCAGUUGACAUAAUUGGCAUUUCCUUUGUUGGUCACGUCUUCAGGCUGCUCUAAGUCAGCCCAAAUGGAGCGAGAUGUGCCAGCCAUCCACCUUUGGGAUCAUAACAACUAAAAGGAAGUGUAGCUAGAGUAGUUAACCUUGCAGCUUCGGGUUCCCCACAUUAAACCCAAGAAUGUAAAGGGACAGUAUUUUGCUCAUGUCAAAAUCUAGCCCCCAGUACAGAGUUUUAAGACUAAAUGUGUAAUGGGAGCAUUGCCUUUGCCAAAUCGAAUGAGUGACAGGUUAACUAGAAAACGUGACAAUCACAGUUCCUCUUAGCUCAAAUAAUUCUGUUUUUCCAAAGCUUUCACAGCUUGAUUAAAUCCGUUGGGCUGGGGCGAGAUGGAAGGAGGGGAAGAGAGCUAACAGAGCGUUCUUUCAGAAGAAAAGAAACCAAAGGAAACCCAUUCUUUGGCAUGUUUGCCUUAAAAACGGUGGUAGAUAGAAUCUGGAGGUUGAAUCUUUUCAAGCUACAUGUCUUAUUUGGUGUCGGCCUCUCAGUCUAGCAUUUCAGGUGGAAUUCUUGCUGUAUUGGAAUCUAAGUAGAGUUAUGUGCAUUUAAGUGCCUCCCUAGCUUUGUUCAUCCGUGGGAUUCUCACCACAGGGGUCUUGAGCAAGCAGAGUAAAAUGUGCCAUUCUGUUGACUUGUGCAUAAGGAGCCUACGAUAACCUGUGUCUUUGCAUUGAAUGCAGGUCCUGAUUUACUUGCAUUGUCAUCAGGAGCAAUUAUGAAACUCGUUUGGUGCCUCCUCUUUAUCAUGUUUUUUUUUUUUUACCCUCUUGUAGCAGUUGUGUUUAAUGUCAUUAAAAAGAAAUAAAAGUU